AUUGCUUGUUCUGUGAUUCGUGGGUGAAGGUAGCUGUUGGUUGUCCAAAGAAGAUUCGUUAGACAAUGCGUCGCGUGUUUACCUUUAGUGUGUCAAGUGAAUAAAUGAUGAUAUUUUUCCAUUAAAUAUUACAAUUGUAUAACCUUUUGGUUAAAUUUAUUCAUACGAAAUGGCGGUGCUACUUCCAGCCCUGGAACUUAUUGGUUCCAUCCUAUUAACGCCGUUUUUGAUGCUCUUACUUUCAAUAAUAUUUCUGGCAUCAAUCGGAAAGUCUUUGGGAGUUCGAAGAUUGUAUGUCAAUUUGCUGUUGAUGAUAUUCGAGUACGGCAGAAGAGACAUUGAAUCGGCGGAAAGGCACAAACGCAAGACUGACGAGGACGACGACGAAGACGAGGGUUACAGCGAAGAAGUGGUCCCCAAGGAUAAGCCUCCAUCGGAGACCGAAUUGCAGCCUAAAAAUGUUAAUGUCAAACCGAACGGAUAUGCGAAUGGACACGUGCCGAACGGAGGGAACAACUUAAUUAGUAGAGACGACAGGCUGAUUUUGGUUCCGGAACCCGCCCAGGUAUCCAACGAUGAGACCGAAAAUGAGAAGUACAGCGACGAUGAAUAUAAAACAGGAAAGGAACAAAUCGUCAAUUUUGAACUGAGCACCAUAUUAGAUUAUAUAAAAAGCGGCGUGGAGUCGAUAAUAGAAGACCAAGUGACGUCAAGGUUCGAAGCGGAGGAGUUGAAAAACUGGAACUUGCUGAUCAGAACGAACCAAUCGUACGAAUUCAUAUCGUGGAAGCUGAGUUUUAUGUGGCUGUGUGGAUUUCUCGUCAGAUACUUCUUCUUAUUUCCGUUAAGGGUCAUCAUAUGUUUCUUUGGGAUAUUGUGGCUGCUGCUAACCACGCCCCUGGUCGGAUUGAUUCCCGAUGGCCCGCAGAAACGUUGGAUUAACCAGAAGGUGUUCGUCAUAGCGUUUCGUAUACUGACGCGCUCGAUGUCCACAGUAUUUAGAAUACACAACAAGCAGUGGAAACCCAAAGGUGGUUCUAUUUGCGUCGCCAAUCAUACCACGCCUAUAGACGUGGUUGUAUUGUCAAAUGACAAUUGUUAUUGUUUGGUGUGCUGGCUCACAAUAUGUACGGCCUUGGUGGGCUACAUUCCGAAUCGCGAAACCAAGCAGUUGGUGAACCGUGGAGUGUCGAUUAUGUGUUUUGGGAUUUUGUCGAGGGCUAUUUCGUCUGUGGUGACGUACCACAAUGAGGAAAACAAACCGAAAAACGGAAUAUGCGUCGCUAAUCAUACGUCGCCUAUCGAUGUACUGAUUUUGAUGUGCGAUAAUUGCUAUUCGCUGAUCGGGCAGAGGCACGGCGGAUUUUUGGGAUUACUGCAGAGGGCGUUGGCGAGGGCGUCGCCCCAUAUAUGGUUCGAAAGGUCGGAGGUGCGCGACAGACACGCCGUCGCUGAAAGGCUCAGGGAGCACGUGUCCAAUCCGAAUAAUCCUCCGAUUCUUAUUUUCCCGGAGGGAACCUGCAUUAAUAAUACGUCGGUGAUGCAAUUUAAAAAAGGCAGCUUCGAAGUGGGCAGCGUGAUAUACCCCGUCGCCAUAAAAUACGAUCCCAGAUUUGGAGACGCUUUUUGGAAUAGCAGCAAAUAUUCCAUGCUGCAGUACCUCUACAUGAUGAUGACGAGUUGGGCGAUCGUCUGUGACGUUUGGUAUUUACCACCGAUGCACCAGAAAGAGAACGAGUCCGCAAUAGAUUUCGCCAAUAGGGUAAAAAGUGUGAUAGCUAAACAGGGUGGAUUGGUAGAUUUAGUAUGGGAUGGUCAGUUGAAGAGGCAAAAGGCAAAAAAAGAAUGGAGAGAGCGACAGCAAGAAGAGUUCAGUAAAAGGUUAAAAGUCGAGUAAUAGUUUAGGUUAUAUCGUCAUUGUUAUCGGGUAGUAAUUUUACAUUACAUUUUGCGUAAUAAGUUCAUUGUGUUCUGAUCUAGUCUUUCAUUUCGUGAUACUGAUGUAAUCCCAUUUGUAGUUUGGCAAUUUUAAAGAACCAGUCAUGUUGUUUUUAGAUUUAUCACAGAGUAUUUCAGUUUCAUAUGUUAGAAUUUUUAUAGGUAGCUUUCCUUUAUGAAAAAUAAGUUGCAGUUUUAGACAAUAAUAUUUUUUAAGGAAUUUAUGAGAAUUAUUGCGUAUGUGUUCCAAAACAAAUUUUGCAAAAUGCUUUUUAUUGUCAAGUCUUGUCGGGAUCACCCAAAUCAGACCAAAGCGCUUUAGAUACUAAUAAAUUGCAACACAUCCUAUUGGUUUCCCUGUGUGAUUUUUCGAUUUAAUCGUCGAUAUAGAAAUAAAACCGACUGAGUUUUAAGAGCAUUUAUUUUGUAAGUUUUUUUUUUAUAAAACACAGUUUGUAAGUGUGGCCUUUUCUAUAUUGUCGAAGUUGAAAAGUUAUUUAUCAUAGUCGUGUAAAUAUUAUAGUUUUGUAUUUCUUUCAAUUGCUACAAAUACAUAUUUAGUAAGA